UGCAGCCGUCAUCGUGGCUCCUCGAUGGGGAAAACGUGGAGGCUUUAGCAGGACUUUUGGUUGUGGAUUUCACAUCUUAACUAUUAUUAGAUCGCUGGAAUUGAUCCGCUGACAGUUGACAACCAUGGAAUACAUGCAGGCCCCUGCCCAAAGCAGCCAGGGACAUAUCCUGUGCUGUACCUGUGGCGUCCCCAUUCCUCCCAACCCAGCCAACAUGUGUGUGGCCUGCCUGCGGACUCAGGUCGACAUCUCUGAGGGAAUCCCAAAACAAGUCACAGUGCACUUCUGCAAACAGUGUGAACGGUAUUUACAGCCCCCAGCCAGCUGGGUGCAGUGUGCCCUGGAGUCCAGGGAGCUUCUGGCUCUUUGCUUGAAAAAACUGAAGAGCUCGAUGACCAAAGUGCGUCUCAUCGAUGCCGGCUUCCUGUGGACAGAGCCACACUCCAAAAGGAUUAAGAUUAAGCUGACCAUCCAGAAAGAGGUGAUGAACGGCGCGAUCCUCCAGCAGGUGUUUGUGGUGGAGUUUGUCGUGCAGUACCAGAUGUGUGACGACUGCCACCGCGUCGAGGCCAAAGACUUCUGGAAGGCCGUGGUUCAAGUUCGGCAGAAGACCGUUCAUAAAAAGACCUUCUACUAUUUGGAGCAGCUCAUCCUGAAGCACAAACUCCACCAGAACUCCCUCAACAUCAAAGAAAUCCACGACGGGAUUGAUUUCUAUUACGGCUCCAAGCAGCACGCUCAGAAGAUGGUGGACUUCUUGCAAUGCACCGUGCCCUGCAGGUCAAAGACGUCCCAGCGCCUCAUCUCUCAUGAUAUCCAUUCAAACACAUACAACUAUAAGAGCACCUUCUCUGUGGAGAUCGUGCCGGUCUGCAAGGACAACGUGGUGUGUCUCUCGCCGCGGCUGGCGCAGAGCCUGGGGAACAUGGGUCAGGUGUGUGUGUGCGUCCGUGUCACCAGCACCAUCCAUCUGAUCGAUCCCUCCACCCUGCAGGUUGCCGAGGUGGACGGAAACACGUACUGGCGAUACCCUUUCAACAGCCUCUGUAACCCACGCCAGCUGGAGGAGUUCAUCGUUAUGGACUUGGACAUCAUCAGGGACCAGAAGCUGGGUGCUGGAGCUGGAGUGAGAUCCAACAAGCACACGCUGGCCGAGGUGUGGGUGCAGAAAACGUCGGAGAUGGACACCAGCCAGCAGUAUCACUGCCGCACAUUCCUGGGACACCUGCUGAACAUCGGAGACCUGGUGCUGGGGUUCGACUUUGCCAAUUCCAACAUCAACGACGAGCACCUGAAUAAGAUGAACCCGCACCACGUUCCCGAUGUGGUGUUGAUCAAGAAGAGCUACGACCGCAGCCGGAGGGUGAAGCGCAGGAACUGGAAGCUGCAGGAGAUGGCCAGAGACCGUGAGGGCAUGGACACCGACGACGAGAGACAAUACCAAGACUUCCUGGAGGACCUGGAGGAAGAUGAGGCUCUGAGGAAGAACGUCAACAUUUACAGAGAUGCGUCAAAGAUCCCGGUGGAGAGCGACACCGACGACGACGGAGCGCCUCGCAUCUCCCUGAUGGAGAUGAUGGAGGAGCUCAGCCUGGCAGAUGCUACAGGAGGAGAGGGUGCAGACAUGAUGACGGACUAGAUGUCUGCGCCGAGAAACACCGAACUGCCGACGGCACAACAUCCGAUUUGGACGUGAGGACUGAUUCGGGCACUGACGCGUCUAAACAUCCAGUCGUCCUCGCAGGGCGAAAACAUGAAUUAAUAAACAUCCAAAUACA